GCGGCUUACAUGAACUGAAGGGGCAUAUGCGUUCUGCUAGAGUAUAUAGGCUACAACUUAAAGGCGAUUCCUAUAUAUAAUCACAAUGGUUUUAAAAAACAUUUUCCGAUCUACAGUGUUGGGCUUACGGACAUGGAGUGUAUUUUUAAGCUCAAGGAAGUGCAAUCCUGUCUUACCUACCUUCAAGCCGUCUCAAUGCAGAUUUUAUGCGAACUGGACUUUAAACGGUAUUUGUAAACGUGAUGAAACCCUCCUAAACCAACCAGUGAGGCAGUAUGCUCGGCCGUCUAGAAUGAAACAAGAGUUCCCAAGUCAACUUCAGGACCUUCAUCCAUCCUUGCUGAAGCAUGAAUAUGCAUCUGUCCCACUUGCACAAUCGGUGGAUGAUGUGGUGAAGAAACUGCUUACACUGGAGCUUUCAGAUCAUAGUGAAAAACUUUGUUUGAAAGAGGAACAGCUUAUUGCCAAGGUGCAGAGGGAUGAGAACGACCGCAGCUCAACAGAAGUCAAGGGCAAGUUCUCUUUUUUUAAAGUUAACAAAGUCAGUGCUUUAACCUUACUGGAAUCUCAGAAAAUAACUCAAUCAUGUGGAAUGUCCUUGUUUGCAUUACAGUGGGAUAAAGCUAACAAAAGAUGGAUGCUCAUGGCCAUCGACAGCAGGAAGAAAAAGCUUACGUUUUUGAGAAGGACCCGAUAUGAUUCCUUCGUGAAGGUGUGUCGAGAGCUUGGAAUCACUUACACGUUCCCUCCUGAAUAUUAUCGUCGGGUCACCCGACGUUGGCUGGCAAAAAAGGCCUUCUGCAAUAAGGUCUUUCAAGAAGUCCAGAAACAAAGGGCAAAGCAGAGAGAAAAACAGAGAGCAGCUGAGCCUAUGGGAAAGGAGCCAACAUCCUCUACAGGACCACAAGGAACUGCGGCGUAGAGUUCAGACAGCUGACAAGACACGUGCUGAAAAGUCCAGAAGAACAAUCUGAUGCAUCCUCUUUUGAUUCAUACGUGACUUUCAAAGAAAAACUGAACAGAACCAUCAUGCUCCACAUCAAAUGAACAACAUUUUGUCAUUUAUUUUCCAUUUUU